GAUUGGAGGCCCGCGGCCCCGCCCGGCCCGCGAGGGCAGCGGGGAGCGAGCGCGCGGCGUGGACGCCCAGGGCCCGUGUUCCUCCUCCCGCUGCGGGUCCAGGCGCGCCGCGCCCCAGGCCCGGGAGGAGCCGCCUUCGGAGGGAGACGCCGGCCCGGAGGGUCCCUGCUGCCGCGCACAAGUGAUGCCACCAAGAAGAAAUGAGAAAUACAAACUUCCUGUCCCACUUCCAGAAGGCAAGGUUCUGGAUGAUAUGGAAGGAAAGCAAUGGGUGCUGGGCAAGAUGAUUGGUGCUGGAGGUUUUGGAUUGAUAUAUUUAGCUUUCCCCACAAAUAAACCAGAUAAAGAUGCAAGACAUGUAAUAAAAGUGGAGUAUCAAGAAAAUGGCCCAUUAUUUUCAGAACUUAAAUUUUACCAAAGAGCUGCAAAAAAAGAACGCAUAAAAAAAUGGAUAGAACACAAACAACUUGAUUAUUUAGGAAUUCCCAUGUUUUAUGGAUCUGGUCUUACUGAAUUCAAGGGAAGAAGUUACAGAUUUAUGGUAAUGGAAAGACUAGGAAUGGAUUUACAGAAGAUCUCUGACCAGAAUGGUACUUUCAGAAAGUCAACUGUCCUGCAGCUAGGUGUUCGGAUGUUGGAUGUACUGGAAUAUAUACAUGAAAAUGAAUAUGUUCAUGGUGAUAUAAAAGCAGCGAAUCUACUCCUGGGUUACAAAAAUCCAGAUCAGGUUUAUCUUGCAGAUUACGGACUUGCCUACAGAUAUUGUCCCAACGGGAACCACAAACAGUAUCAGGAAAAUCCUAGAAAAGGCCAUAAUGGGACAAUGGAGUUUACCAGCUUGGAUGCCCACAAGGGUGUAGCCCUGUCCAGACGGAGUGACCUUGAGAUCCUCGGCUACUGCCUGCUGCGGUGGUUCUGUGGGAAGCUGCCCUGGGAGCGGAGCCUGCAGGACCCGGUGGCCGUCCAGGCUGCGAAAACAAAUCUGUUGGAUGAGCUCCCUGAGUCAGUGCUUAACUGGGCCCCUUCUGGAAGCAGUUGCUAUGAAAUAGCCCAAUAUUUGGCAUGUGCUCAUAAUUUAGCAUAUGAUGAAAAGCCAGACUAUCAAAUGCUCAAGAAAAUUCUGAACCCAGGUGGAAUCCCUUUAGGACCAUUGGACUUUUCCACGAAAGGAGAGAGUGCAAAUGUGCGUACUGCGGACUAUCGAAAAGUUGAUUCGCAAAAGGCUGCAACAAAGCAAGUCAAUCAGAUGCAAAAUAGGUUAACAGAAAAAAGUGUCCACAGUGAGAGAAGUGCUGAGCCCUCUGCAACAGGGAGAAGAGUUCAGAAAGAGGAGAAGCGGAUUGGAUCGCUUAACAAAGAAACAGCGCAGAUGCUGCUCAUUUUCAUUUUGAAGGCUUCAUUGGGAAAGCACAAGGAGAAGACAAAAAUAUUAAAAUAUUCCCAGAUUUGUUCACACUCAUCUUCUCUAGUUUCAUGGAUGAAGACUUCAUUAUUUCUAACACAGUUCUUUUUCCUAAGUAAUCUAAAAAUAGACUCUUAUAAACAAGAGUCAACUCGCUCUGCUUCAAACCUCUUCACCUCCAUCAAUAUUAACAGAAUUCCUUUGUCACUGGACUAUACAAUUCUCAAGAAGACUGGCUUUUUUGAUAAAUGUCAUUUUUAAAUGUUUUCCAUCAUUUAUUUGUAUGAUGAAUUUUGUAUUAUAUAUAUGACAUAGUAACUACUAAUACAAGAAGAUAUGUAUGUAAGACUAUUAAUGUAUAUAAUAUAUUUGGGGCAGUGUUACAAUUUUAGAAUGAAAAUAUUUUCACUUUUGCUGUCAUUAUCAAGUUAAAUGCAGUACUAUUUGCAACUUAAAUUACUUUUAAACAUGAAUGAAUAACUUUUUAGACUUAUAUAUAGAAAAGUUUAUAAUAACUAGAGCUUAAUGUCUGAGAAGAACCUUUCACAAUACUGAAGGUAGAAUAUCUGUUCUCUUCUGGUAUACCACACUUACCUACAAGUUUAAAUGUCAAAAUCCAGAAAUCAGAAAACUAAACUCUCAAGUGUGUUUGUUUGUUUUACUAUGGGCUAUAUUUUAUUACUUUUUCCCACUGGUUUCACCACAAUUUUUAAGAUUAUCAAACAAACUAGUUGUGAUCCUUAUAGAUGUCCUCUCUUCAUCUAAUAAAUUUAGUAAGUUAACAUAGAACCUGAUUCUGUUUUAACAUAUUUAUCUUGACAACUCUAUUACCCUAGCAUAAUUAUAUGCCAUUAGAAUAAUUCCCUAGUUCCUAUUUCCAUAUCCAGACUAGCCAUCCUUGACUUUAACUACCUUACUGUAGAGUACCUGAUCUAAAAUAUAAAACUGAACAGAUCAGUUUCCCACUUAAAACCAUUCAUAUCAACCUUUUAACUAUAUUCCCCCCUCUAGUCAUAUUCCCCUAAAGCCCAUUAUUUAUAUUGCAAUUAAGUUGAUUUUUGUAUUCUAUCAUAAAAGUUUAGGUGCAGUUCUUAUCAAAAUAUUUUUUCUUUGUAAUACCACCACUUAAUGACAGUAACACAAGUUGCAAAAGCUAUUCAAUAAAUAUUUAAACUGAACUGAACUACAUGACAUAUGAAAUAAUCGUUGAUGAUUAGUCUAUUUCUUAAGUUUACAUACAAGUAGCUUGCGAAUUGUGUUUUAUAUAUUAUUACUGAUUAAAACUACAGUUCUUUGUCA